GUGCGCGCACAUAUUUACGUUUCUACACAAGCUUGUAUUUGUAUCUACAGACAUUGAAUGUGUAGCCGGUCUUUUUUAAUGUCGUUCGCGAUCGAUGCAGAAUUCGCGGGGUGAGCCGAUGUUAACCGGUUGGAUAGUAGGAUGAACCCGGGUGCGCAUUCACGAUAGCACUGGAUAUAAUGCGUCGACGACCGGCGGCGCCGUCGCACAUGCGCGUCCUCAAAACACUAUCCUAAGGGCCACCGAUUUCGAUUUUAGUCAUUCCCGGGUUCGGCUUGAGGGAAAAUCGUUUUCUCCUCUUCAGUGUUAUAGUUUCAAAAAGAAAUUCAAAAGAGCAAUACAUUUUUUUUCUACUAACACAGAAAAAUAAAAUAAGAUUUUCAUAUUUGUUUUCAUUUUCCGAGAGAUCAAACGUGAUCACAUUUUUUGACAAAAACAAUUGAUUUUUAAUUUCACGAGCUUGCGGAAAGAAAAUGGAUGAGAGAUACAAGAGAGAGGCGUAUGAGUAAUUUUGUAAUUGUGGCAGUAAUUAAUUUUUUUUAAUGAUAAUUUUUAGUUUGUGUGUAGAGAGGAAAAAAGCAAGAAAUUCAAGUGCGUCGAAAUAUUGAAGUGAGAACGAGUCGUCAACGUCGUCAUAGUCGUGAAUUCACCACACAUAUAACCGGCAAAAGCUCAAGGAAGAGGAGAGAGAGAUAGGAAAGAGGGGAGAAUCUGUGACAAGAGAGGGAGAAAUCAACCCCAAAUCAACUUUAGGAGAGAGAAAGAGGAAUUAAUAGGGGGAUUAUUUUGUUUUUCUAACCAAGAAGAGGAAUUUCUUCCAUUCGCUUGAGAGAGAGAAAGAGUGGAGAAAAAGGUGUCUGAAAGUGUCCGUCUUGAAAAUGAAACAAGAGCCAGAGGAAGAAGAUGAUAUUUUAGAAGAAGGCCUACAACUACCAUCGCCAAGUGCUCUGGGUCAUCGGGUACGUUCUCAUUCACGAAGUCUUCGAGCAAUGGCCAAUCCAAGUGCAGUGUGGGCGCACUUUGAUUUAUGCACAAAUGAUCCCCUACGUGCUCAGUGCCGAAUUUGCGGUGCCGUUGUUGUACGUGGCGGUGCCAAUCCACGACAAUGCGGCACAACCAAUUUACAUCGACAUCUCAGAGUUCAUCACGGUGGUAGGCUCAUUGGACGAAGAUAUCAUGUAUUGCAGCAACAACGGGAGAAGUCUUCAUUUCCCACAAAAUCGAGAGUGCCAAUACAAACUUAUUCGAGAAAGAUGAAAAAUAUUUCACCGUCUAAUUUCGUACCGAGUUCGGCUACUCAACAGGGUCAACAACAACAACAGCAGCAGCAGUCGCAGCAACAACAACCAAAGACAUUAGUUCUGAAGACGAUUCCUUUGAAGGUGAAGCAAGUGGCGCCGACUACUAUCAAAAUGCCCCCUCGACAAGUAACACAACCAACUCAACAAAUUAAGGCUCCACAACAACCAGCUGAAGUUUGCUUGAGGUGGAAUAGUUAUCACAGUAACAUGCAAAAUAGUUUCCCAUCGCUUUUGGAUUCAGAACAGUUUGUCGACGUGACACUUGCCUGUGAGGGUCGUUCACUAAAGUGUCACAAAAUGAUUCUUUCGACCUGCAGCGAUUACUUGGCGGAAUUGCUGCGCGAGAAUCCUUGUCAGCAUCCCAUUAUUCUGAUGAAGGACCUCAAAUUCUGGGAGGUCGAGGCACUAGUCAAAUUCAUGUAUCGUGGCGAAGUUAAUGUCGCUCAUGAAAAAUUACCUCAACUUCUAAAUGCCGCGGAGGCACUGCAAAUCAAGGGACUCGCCGGACCUUCCUCACAAAAUUCACGACCUCCUCUUCUACUUCCACCGACAAAACAACCAGUUAAUCAGCGAUUACUCGAGACCAAAGAAAAUCGUCCAUCAACAUCGUCCGGAACAACGCCUUCUAGUCCAAAACGCGCCCAAAAACGACAAUUAACCGAUCAACUGGAUUCGCCAAAGGGUUUCACGAAAAUACGUCUUCAACGGCCCACAUCACCGGAAUCGCCAAAUACGACAAUUAAACUCGAACCACUUGAUAUACCAUUGAGUCCUGGAGGAAUGUUCUCGGACAAUAAUCUCAUGGGUGACCUUCAUGAGGAGGAGGAUCCCGGCGGGAGUAUUCAGGACAAUGACGACGAUCGUGACAUGAAUUUUGGUACAAUUGACGGUCCCUCGGAUUUAACGGACGCCGAUGAUCAAAUGGAAUUUGUGCCCUCGGAUUUUUUGGAUCAGGAACACGAUAUUGUCGAGGAUGUUGAACCCGAGGCGUGUUUAAGUGAACGCGAUGAGGAAUCGAGAAAAUCAGGAUAUAGCGAAGACUGCGAUCAAUAUGAAAUUGACGAUAAAGUGAAAUUUGAGAAAAGAGCUAAAUUCGAGGAGAGCAAUAAACUAAUGGCGGAGAAAUUAAUAAUAAAAAAAGAUGAAGUGUGAUAGAAAUUUUGUUCGCAAUGGACAAGUGACAAUAUUUGUCACAAGAAAUGUAAUUUUAGUUUUAGUUUUUCAUCUUUUAAGUUUAAAGGAAAAGUAACAUUUUCAGUUUUUUUCAUCUAAGGAUUUUUUUUUAUUUUUGGUAUUUUGUAUUAAGGUACCAAGUACAAUUUCAAGAGAAUUCGUUUGCAGUGAAUUGUGUAGAAUUUCUGUGUAGUGUUGCAAAUUUCACUUAAGUAAUUAACAAAAUAAAAUAAAAAGUUUUAAUUUAAUCUUGUAAUAUGUAUAAUAAUACAGAUCUGUUAAAAAGAAUUCGAAAAACUAAAAGUUUAUCGUCAUUGAUGAUCAGAAAGUACAUGUACAAUGUAAUGAUAUAUAUAGAAGCAAUAUAUCUUAUGAACACAA